AUGGGGAAGAUGAUGGUGACUGCAGAUGAAGUGCUGUUGAAGGAGACCCCUCGUGACCUCUUUGUUUACGCGUAUGCUCUGUUUACUCAUUUCUCGAUCUCCUAUUUCUUUAUCCACCGCUUACAUUUACUUCCGGUAUUUGCUAGUCUUUACCUCAAGCCACCCGUUUUUCGUAUAAGUACCAGAACCUUAUUUUUCCUCACCUCAGUCAUCACCACAUCCGUGUCUGACUGA